CGGGGCGCGGGGGCGCUCAGGGCUCGCGACGCGUGCAAGCUGGCCCGCUGCGGGUUGCGGGCGAUAAAAUGUGCUUUUCCGGUGCGGCCCUGGAGCGUUGGCGAGUGUCGCGUGGCCUGCGUUAAUUUUCUUUCGGUAGUUGUGCUGUAACACGUCCGCUGCUGUGAUUUCUGGGUGGUUCUUGGCACAUUCCGGUACAUGUCACAGAGCAAGCACACGGAGGCGCGGGAGCUCAUGUGCUCGGGGGCACUCCUGUUCUUCAGCCACGGCCAACAAAACAGCGCCGCGGACUUGGCCAUGUUGGUCUUAGAGUCGCUGGAGAAGGCAGAAGUCGAGGUGGCCGCUGACCUGUUGGAAAAUCUGGCUAAACUGUUCAGUCUGAUGGACCCGAAUUCCCCAGAGCGAGUGGCUUUUGUGUCUCGAGCCCUGAAGUGGUCCAGUGGAGGAUCAGGGAAGCUGGGCCACCCCCGUCUCCACCAGCUGCUGGCCCUCACCCUGUGGAAAGAGCAGAACUACUGCGAGUCCCGGUACCACUUCCUGCACUCGGCGGACGGCGAGGGCUGUGCGCACAUGCUCGUCGAGUACUCCACGUCCAGGGGCUUCCGCAGCGAGGUGGAUAUGUUCGUGGCCCAGGCCGUGCUACAGUUUCUCUGUUUAAAGAACAAAAGCAGUGCGUCAGUGGUGUUCACAACGUACACGCAGAAACACCCGUCCAUCGAGAACGGUCCUCCGUUUGUGCAGCCUCUGCUAAAUUUCAUCUGGUUUCUGCUGCUGGCCGUAGAUGGGGGCAAACUGACCGUGUUCACGGUGCUGUGUGAGCAGUACCAGCCGUCCCUCCGGCGGGACCCCAUGUACAAUGAGUACCUGGACCGGAUAGGACAGCUGUUCUUCGGGGUGCCGCCCAAGCAGACGUCUUCGUACGGGGGCUUGCUGGCUCAGGGGACUGAGCACAUUCACGCUGCUGCGCAGCCAUCUGCACCGUCCAUUUCCAGAAUGUUCCAUCUCCCCACGUUGAGAUUCUGUCCGUUAUACACGGACGUCCACCCGCUCCCCCAGACACGGUCCCACCACCUACCCUGUGUCCGUGAGUCAGACGACCCCGGGACCUCGAGGAACCUUCUGAGCAGCCUCAUGGGCGCCUCGGAGCAGGAGGGCGAGGACAGUCAGGACGACAGCAGCCCCAUCGAGCUCGACUGACCCCGCCCGGCGGCCCGCACGAAGCCGCCCCGAGCCCGGGCCCCCACGCCCGGGGGCUCCCGGUCCGCGGCUGCCGUGGCCGCGUUGGCGUCUGCGCGCCCGCCCCGGGCUACGCCUCCGCCGCGGCUGUGCUGGCUGGGCCGCGCUGCACCUCCAGACUGACCACAAUAAAGCACGGGCCUUGCCGCGCUCCCACCCUCUCCCUGUCCCCUGUGUCUGGUUUGCUUCGGGAGGCCGCCUGGCAUCCGACGGAGGCCCGUCCCCGUCACGGGUGGCGUGGGGGGUGGCCGCCGCCCAGCCAGCACCACCUGGAUGUCCUGCGGUGGCCCGGCCACCGGUGGCCCGGAGAGCAUCGGGGCGGCUGUUCUGUGCCAAAUCCCGAGGCCGCGGCCGCCCGGGACGGGCCUCGCGAGGGGAUCGAGAGUCUUUUCCACGUCUCGAAAGGCAGUAUUUAUUUUCAUUGGGUGGUUGAUUCCUCUGACCUGACGUUUUAGGGUUUAACCGAACAGCCAGUCCGGGAGUGAGCGGAUCUGCCCUUUCUCGCUGAUGCCAGACCCGGUGUUCCCAGGGCGAUUACAAGAGGGGAGACACUUUAUUUUUUCACAAUUUAAAAUAAGAGUUGUAGAUUAAUACACAGUGAUCAUGCAUGGCAAGGCGUAAGAUACACACACUUUUAUUGACUGUAAAACGAAGUUUAAAGGAAGGUUUGUGUUAAUUGUUGAGUUUAAAUAAAUCCUUUAUACUGGG